GGUGUGGCGGGCGUGGUGGCGGUGAUGGCAGUGCUGGCGCUGGGUGCGCUCGUUGGGCUAUGCGCGGCCUCGCUCCGUGAUCCGGGCACGGUCGGGUGGACAGCAGCCGGGGCGGGCCGGGCGCUGGCGAGCCGGUGGUACCUGCUGCAGACACCGAUCGGGUGUAUGCUGCAUCGCGUGGAGGGCUGGAGUACGGAGUGGCUGUCAACGGGGUUGAGAUUCGCGCGCGCUGGUGCGAGGCGUGCCGCGCGUGGCGCCCACCGCGGACAGCACACUGCAAGCUGCACGGGCGAUGCGUCUCACGGUUCGACCACCACUGCCCGUGGAUUGCCAACGAUGUUGGGCGUGCCAAUCACGGGGUAUUUAUCGUCUUUCUCGUCCUCACCGUGGCGACAGCGCUUGCGCUGGUCAUCAGUCUCGGCCUUGUUCUCUACCUGCACUCGUCGAUGAGCGGCAAGUCGCAGUGCAGCUACGCAUCGGGCCAGAUGUAUGCGGCGGGCAUGCUGCUCGCAUAUGCAGCCAUGGGCGCGCUGGUGGUCAGCCCGCUCCUGGCCUACCAUAUUCAGCUCACUUCGGCCAACCUUACCACCAACGAGGACCUCCGCAAGCGCAUCUCCUCGCGGACCUCGCCAUACUCGGAAGGCUGCCUUGCCAACUGGCUGCGCCUCUGCUGCAUCGACGCCCAGUUUGCACCUCUGCGCGAAUCAUCAGCUAUGCAGUCCAUCGCUUGCGUGUAGAUCUUUGUGGGUAACACCGCCACCGCCCGCC